AUGAACAAAAACUACUUUGAUGGAAAUGCCCACACCUAUGCCAAUCCAAACGGAAAGCGAAUGUUGCAUCCUAGCUUUCGACCAGGCCCGUAUGAUGUUAUCUGCGCUCGAGGAAAGCAAGCGUUCGAUCAUGUUGGCAACAAGAGGUUCCGUGCCAUUGUCAGGAUGAACAGGGAUGCCUACGUCGAUGCAUUGACCAAGUACCACAAGUCUCAAAUCGUUAGCAAAAUCAGCAAUUCCAUCCGACAUGCAAGUCCGGACGGUGGAUUCGUCAAACUCAUCCACAAUCGAUGGCACGAAGUGGGAGACCGCCCAGCUAAAGUACGAACGGAACUCGCUUAA